GUCAAUACAAUCCAAAUUCAAUCGUAGCACAUGGCUCUCUGUGAUGUGCGGUUGCACUGAUUUUUGCACUGCUUCAGGUAUUCCGUGUGCGAUAUUCCCCAUCUUAUAAGCGUCAUGGAAGAUCAUUUGUGAUGAUCACACCGAAGCACAUAGGUAGAAGUUUAGUGAAGACAAGACACAGAUUGUUAUCCGGUGGUUUCUCCGCGAUUUGGUGCAAGCUGUUUAGGAGCACCACUCGGUCUCGUCGUUGUGACUAUGAAGUGCCCACGGACAGUGAAGACAAUGAACCAGCUGAAAGCAAAUGGGCCCCUUAUCAGACUGUCGUCAUCCCUGACCACGCUGAUCCUAUUCUUAACCAAUUACUGUCUGCAACAUCACCUUUGGAGAUACUCCAGUGCAGCACGGAACAGAACCUGUCACCCCAGCAUGCAGCUCAAGCCAUCAUCUGUCUCUGGGACGUCAAAAAGAUAUCCCCAGGCCGCACAGUGUUCGACCCUGCUGCCCUCGUAGGCUUCGAGAGCAUCGUGUCACAAGUAGCGCACAACCGACGAGUGCUCGCCGACACUGCUUUAACUGCUGUUCUGGUGGCUCUGAAACGGUUGUGUGUCACAUCACAUACUGCAGCGUACAGCGCACUAAUACAGGAAGCAUCGCAACGUUGCAGAAACUUUGACUUGCAGAGUCUGUCGCGGUUCCUAGUCAGCCUGGACCAGUCCAGCAACGUCAGCCUUUCGUAUCAAUGUAAAGCGAUGGAGCGUCUCCAAGCGCUUCUUCCACGAUGCUACACGGACGAAGAUGUUAAGUGCGCAGCCAUCUCCCUGCUGAGGGUCUCUCGGCUUGCCUCGCCCGAUUUCGUCGACGCGUUCGGCAAGAAAACGUUAGACGUUCUAACGCCGGUCUCAGAUUUUCACACCGUUCUGCGCUGUCUUCCAGUGCUCGCCAAGAGGCAAAGCAGCAGCAAGAGUCGCUCGUACAUGUGCAGGCUACUUUCGUUGAUCAACCCCGCGAUUUCAAGGUUCGACAGCCAGGACCUGAGUUCGCUGGCAAGCAAUUUCAUCUUACGAGGGGACGACGUGCCCGACACGCUGAGUCUCAUCCGCGAGCGCGCGAAAACGUUGUUUUUCGAGGAACCGUCGGCUUCGCUGGCGAGAUGCCUCGCCAUAAGUUCCUACUCCGCCGUAAAACGAGUGGAGGAACGCCUGCUACCGCUGCUAGAAAACGCCACGGACGAGUGGGAUUUGACCAAGCUCCUGGACGUCGUCUUACUGUUACCGGUGGAAGACAAGGCAGUUUUGACCUUGUUCUGGGAAAAGGUGGCAGCAGUACUAGCUUCGUCACGGAGUGCUCAGACUAUCAUUCGAGGCUACGUCGUCUGUUUCGCAAAGACCGGGUUUCGACACAAUAGGUUCGAGGAAGAAGGUCUGAAGUGGAGUUUGUCGCAGCUAGACUCUCGUUGCUUCUAUCCGAGGACGGUAUCUCUGGCAACGCUAUUCGUUUUGGGUUUCGGACGUCUAAGCUCGGAACACGCGGCACAUAUGGUGUCGAUGCUUCCGCAGCUGACGCCCCUCCUACUUCGGGACGUUGCACGCGGAGUCUACUUGUCGAAGCAAAGGACGUGCGGGACGCUCGAGGAGUCACUGCACAAGGAGUUUAGGAGGAGAGUGUCUACCACAGAAUCGUGGAAGGAAAUUAAUAUUCUAAUGAUGACAGAAAAACUGCUUUCUGCUACUGGAGGGUUGAAGGAAGGCAUAAUAAAUAGCUACAGAGCUCGGGUCAACCAGGCACCUCCAAACAGUGUAGGCAUUUUCUGUAAGCUGAUGGCUGCAGAGCGAUUUUGGCUGCCUGAUGUUUACGAUGCACUUGUGCUGCGUGUGCUGGAAGAGGAAAACCUCCUGGGACCUGUAGGAAUCUCUAAUCUGUUAUUUGCCUGCUUCCAAAGUGGCUAUGCCCCACACAGGCUGGAUGCCCUAGCAUCGACUGCCAAUGAACAGCUGCUUAGGAAUUUUGAUGACAUGCAGGAAACUGUGCUUCUGCAAGCUGCGAUUGCUCUAGGUUUUUUUCAAAGUUUAGGCAGUGCCCUCGUCAAGCACAUUUUCUCGGUAGCAUUCAUGGAUCGGUUGGACAAGCAGCUUGCGGGGCUCAGUGCAUUGUCCAGGCAUCAGCUACGAGAGUUGCUGUCUACGUUGAACCGCAUUGUGUGUCUAGACUUCCCAGAGGAAGGUGUCCCAUGGUUCCACCAGCAUUACUACCAAAACCACAUUACAACUGUGUCUCACAGGUUGCAGCCCAUACAAAGAGAAGUGCUAGAAGUGCUCGUACAUCUGCUUUCCGGCAUGGACCAUGUUCGUUGUCAUGUCUACACGCCAUAUUACUACCACAUAAGUUUCGAAUGUGUCCUGGACAACAAUGGUCGACCUGUACCUUGCUCAGAUUAUGGAAGUGUUCUCUGGGGCUGCGAUCCAGCCCUGGAUGAGCGCCACGCAAAGAUCUCUAGCAGCCUGCCUCCAGAAUAUCAAAGGGUUGCCAUUGAUGUCCUCAGGGAACCCAGUUUCUGUGAUAAUGUCCCUCAUAUGGCUGGGUACCAACUUCUGAAAAACCGCCACUUGGAAAUCUUGGGCUACAAGCUCAUUCAGGUACCCUUCUUUGAAUGGAAUUCAAUGAGAUUGUCAGACCGGCAUUCUCGUGCAGCGUACUUGCAAGCCAAGAUAUGUGCACCCACAUAGAACAUGUUCCAAUUGUAGUUAGAUAGGUAUUUCGGAAGGAAAUAGGUGUAAUAAUGUCGAGCACCUGUAAAUACAGCAUUGCCAAAGGUC